UUUUACUAAUUGUAUUCAAAGAUAACUCUUUCUGAGUUUCCUUGCGAGUCUUAGAAGUUACCUCCAUCGUCGUUUUAGCAAGCCAAUUUCAAUGGAGUUAAAUUUGGCAGUGAGUAGCGUACGAAUCACAAGUUGCAGAGAACAACCACCAUCAGUGGAGGGAGUUCAAUUGAGAGAGACUCGCUCCUCUUACUUCCUCAAUAUUAAGCUUCAAGGCUUGAAGAAAGAAGAUAUACAGCUGGAAAUGGACAAGGAGCGGUGUGUGGUGAUACGUGGAGAGAGGUGUUCCCAAGACAUGGGAAUGCUAAGGUGGAAAUGGCGGGUGGUGGAGAGUGGCAGUCCGAGCAAGGCUUUCAAAAUCCCAGAGGACGUGAAUGUGGGUGGAAUAAGAGCCAGCUUUGAGCAGGGCCUCCUCCAUCUUUCCAUGCCAAAACUUACCCACAACAGAUUUACUCCUUACCACAUCUUCCACAUUCACUCCUCCCAUCAUCCUCCUCUUGCUCAUCGCCCACAUCAGCCUCAUAAACAACAAGAUGCAGAUAACAUGGCUGAUAAAUUGGCAACUAUUUCUGAGGAUGCUGAUAUGGAGAUUGAGCCAUUGUCGCCGGGGCAUCCAGAAGAAGAAGAAGAAGGAGGUAAAAUGUCAGCGGGGCUUCCAGCAAAAGAGUGCGCAUCAUCAAAUUCUGUGCCAUCUGUAGAUGAUUCAAUGAAGAAGGAAGUGUGUGUUUCUCAACAGGAAGAUGUUAUGCAGGAAAAACGUGGAGAUGUAGAAGAGAAAAUUGGUAAAGGUAUUGAAGCUGAAGAGACAGCAGGGGCCUCUUCCUUAAAGAUGAAUAGUGCACCAGAUUCUAAAGCAAAGCGAGAACCACUUUUGCAAGAAGAGAAAGAGGAGAAAGAGAAGAAAGGAAAUUAUGAAAGGGUAAAAGAAGAAAGAGCUAUUGGCAAUGGGUACAUGGAAAGUGAACUGUCUGAGCAUCCCAAGCCAUUCUUAUGCAAAGGCUUAUCACAUAUAUUCUCUGCCAUUGCUCUAAUAGCUCGUCGUAAGCUGCAGCACUGAUAAGAAUCUUGUGGUACUGGUUAUCUGGGUUUAGUUGUUUCAGAGAGGAUCUCUUUUCUUGUCUAGCUACUGAUAUUACAUUUAUUCUCUUAGGGCUUUUCCAAAUAUUCAUUCUCUGUAUGAAAUUCAAUGCAUAUCUCACCGGAAGAAAGGAAUGCCUUAGGGGCCCUCCCAUUGUAGUAUAAAGUUACAUAAAAUAUCUUG